CAGACACUGCAUAGCUGAUUCAACACUCAGUGACUUAUAGGAGGCCAUGACAGGUUGUUUUAACAGGGCAUCAAAAUACGUGAACAAUGGCAAAGACCUACGAUUACUUGUUUAAAUUACUUUUGAUAGGUGAUUCUGGUGUAGGUAAAACGUGUGUGUUAUUUAGAUUUUCUGAGGAUGCUUUUAACACAACUUUUAUAUCUACAAUAGGUAUAGAUUUCAAAAUACGGACCAUAGAAUUAGACGGAAAGAAGAUAAAAUUACAAAUAUGGGAUACUGCUGGUCAGGAAAGAUUCCGCACAAUUACCACUGCUUAUUACAGAGGGGCAAUGGGUAUUAUGCUUGUAUAUGAUAUUACAAAUGAGAAGAGUUUUGAGAAUAUAAAAAACUGGAUUAGAAACAUUGAAGAAAAUGCAUCAGCUGAUGUAGAGAAAAUGUUGCUAGGGAAUAAAUGUGAAUUAACUGAGAAGAGGCAGGUAACAAAAGAAAGAGGAGAACAAUUAGCUAUAGAAUAUGGAAUAAAAUUUAUGGAAACAAGUGCAAAAGCUUCUAUAAGAGUUGAGGAAGCCUUCUUCACACUUGCCAGAGAUAUAAAGACUAAGAUGGAGAAAAAAUUGGAGGCCAGCAACCCACCAAAGGGAGGUCAUCAGCUCAAGGCAUCCGAACCCAUGAGGAAGCCAACCAGUUGGUUGUCUAGAUGUUCCUUACUCUGACAGCUGUCCAGUGCUGUUUCCAUUUGGCCUCAGACUAAUGUUUCAGCAGACAGUUAUUUCACUGUAUGUUGUGAAAAAUUCUUCUGUGGGAAGUACACAAUGCAUAAAGUGAUUUUGUAACUGCUCUGACCAAAUUGUGGCUGUAUAUUUAUUUUGAGAAAGGAUUUAUGCCAUUUUUAUAAGGUAAUUCGGUCACACGUUUGAAUUGUACUCGAAGAAUUGUGUACAGUUCUGUGGAUUGAAGUAAGACUUGCUAAGCAAGUUUGUUUUUUUAUUCCCUACUUCCACCAGGGAUGAUGAUCAAAACUGUACAGAGAUGUUUUAACAGCAAGGAUUUUUUUAUACAGUACUCAUGAUUUGUUCAUAUAGUUAUAUAAUUAUGUUAAAGCAGUGGUGGCAGGAAAAUACUCAUUUUUGCUGUCAUUUGCUUAUGUUCCGGUGGCCGAGUAAUGGGGAUGGUGUUAGCCAUGACAUAUGAUUGCCUUAGAUAUAGGAAAUCAUUGCUUGUUUACUAUUUUAUACAUUUAUUUCUGAAAAUUAGAAUUGAUUUGUUUAUAAUUUAUGAAAAUGUUGUCUUGGUUCUUAAGCUUAAUUGCAAGAUAUUAAAGUGAGUAUAUUUUACUUACAAAAAAGUUACUCUUUAACUGCA